UUAUGGUACAUUUAGUUGGUUAUUGGUCGUAGUUGUCCAAAAUUAAUAAAUUUAUAUGUAUUCUGAAAAGGAUUUUCAGAAUAUACAAGACCAAUUAUUAAUUUUGAAAGAGGAUAAUUAUAAACUGUUGGAUACAUGUAGGAAAUAUGAAAAUGAUAUUUCUAUUAUAAAACAAGAAUAUUUUUUAACAAAACAAGAAUCAGAAAAAUAUUUUAAAACUAUAGAGAAAAGCAGAAAAAUUAAAGAAAUAUCCUUGUUGUUGUCAGAUAAUGAAUCAUUACAUUUAAAAAUACAAAAUCAAGAAGAGGAGUUUAAAUUGCAAAAUGGAACUAUUAUGGCAGAAUUACAAUAUGUAUUACACCACAAUGAAAAAUUGCAGGAAGAAAAUAAAGCUUUGAUUGAACAAUGUUUGAAGCCAAACAAUUUGGAGGGUGAUAAUUCUAAUUCAGAUAUUGCUAAUGAAACUGCAUUGGCAACUGAAAGUAUUGAACACAUACCUAAUAUAGAACAAAUAAUAGAAAAAAUAAGGCUUAAGCUUGAUAUGCCCAAUGAAGAAAAUUUGGAAACAUUAGCAGAAUUGUCUACAAAUUUAAAAAAUAUAAUAUCCAUUGCUAAUUUAUCCAACACUAUUAAAGAACCCAGAAGUGAAACAAACAUCGAAUUAUCCAUACCAUUGAAUGACGAUUUUGUGAAAGAAAAUGAAAUUAAAAUAAAAACUCUAGAAUCUCAACGACACAAUCAAAUUCCGGAAUGUUAUCGUAACCUUGUAACCGUUUACAAAAAUAUAUUCGAAUGCUGGAAUCCUUGCUUGCAAGCUACCUCAAUAGGAAACAAACUAGACUAUUUGGAUGAAAGGAUACUAAAAUUAGCUAAUGUCUUACAUAUGGGGCUUCAACCCGAUAUCGAGCUACUUUUGAAAAAAUUGAAGUCAAGGGAAGAAUCUUUGAAUCAAUGCCUAGCCUCCAACCGAAAUUAUGAAUCACGAUUUGUGGAUUGUAAUCAAACCAUUUCGGAACUGACGCAAACAUUGGAUAAAACCGAGGCGGAACGCGAUAAAAGGACUAACGAAUUAGUUUCUCAGCUCGAUGGUUACAAGAAAAAUUAUAUUGAAGAGUGUUUAACGGCAACGGUAAUGGAGAAAAAUCUAAGAUCAUCCGAAGAUCGGGUGAAGGAAUUACAAAACGAUCUCCAAAAUUUGGGCAGCGAUUUGGAGGAAGCCUCUCGAAAUUUUGAAGCGGAAAUAAAGCAAAAGGAUGGUCUCGUUAAUAAUCUGAGAGAAGAAGUCAAAAAUCUGAAGGAGGAUAACGCAAAUUUGACGCGAGAUUUGAACGAAUUGAAGGAUGAUUAUAAGAUUUGCGAGAAAAAAUUGAAUUCCCAAUUGAAAGAUAUGAAACGUCAAUUCGUUAAUGAAAAGAAACGAGCCGAAAAAUUGCAAGAAUUUAUGUCAUCUUCCGCCACGACCUCUAAGUCGUUUCCUGCCAGUCCGCAAACUCAAAUCAGUUAUUUUGGCAAUCCUAAUAAUUUCGUUAAAAGCGUUUCACCCUCUUCCAUAGUGUCCAGGAAUGAGUCUUAUUGCAACAACGCAACCAAUACCAACUACAUCUCGGAUGAAGAUAAAAACGUGUCUUCUUGGAGCUUGGUGAGCAAUGGGACGAAUUUUGUAAAAAAUCACAAUUAUGGCUCUAAUUUUACCCCCAAUGACGAGAAUAAAGUCUCACUCAACGCGCAAAAAGCGACGAACAAUGUAGCAUCGACUUAUCAAAAUCAGUUAAACAUGUUGAAAGAAACGUGCAAUGGAACCGGGGAGAACGCUUUAUUGCAAGAACGGGUUAAAUAUUUGGAGGAAAGCGCGGCUGGCUUAGCAGAUGAUCUCAUGAGGAAAAAUGAAAUCAUCGAAAAAUAUGCAAUUAGCGAAAACAAUAAAGGGAUGCCUUUAUAUGCCGAAACUAAUUCCGAACAUUCGGUUGCCUCUAUGGAUCAACCACUCAAAAAGCUUUUAGCCCUCAAAUUCAAUAAUUUUAUCAACAACAAUUUGAAUAACUUGACGACUUCUUCUCAUUUUGCCAAUAAUGCCACGGGUAGUAACCCCAGUUACGAGGACCUCAUAAAUACAAAUAAAAGAUUGAAAAUCAUGUUGGAAGAAACGCUCACUAAAAAUAUUAUGAUCGAAAAAGAUUUAGAGGUCAUGUCCAAGGAAAUAUGUGUCAUAAAGAAUUUAACUUCCGCUCAAAAAGAUUUCGAUGGGCGCGAAAGUCCACCUGAGUGUCCAAAUGAAUACGAAAAUCACAUCGAAACACACACUUCUCUGAAUAUUUGCACAGAUUAAUCAAAUAAAACACGCUUGUCUGUUUAAUAUUUAAAUUUGAUUAUUAAAUCAUAUAAUAUGUGCACUUAACACUUAUAAGAUAUAUUUAACAGGUUUAUCUUAAUAUACUAAGCAUGGUGAACUAAGAAGUAGUAUUGCUAAAAAGCCCGAUUUUUCAAAACAAUCCGAUUAGGAUUUUAGCUAAAAUAUUAUAUAAGCAUCGAACAUCAUCUGCCAGCUAUAUGCAAAAUCUUUAAGCUUACAUAAUGUUAUUUUGUUUAAAAUCUUAAUUGGGUCGUUUUUUAAAUUGACCGAAUAUGGCUUUUAACAACUCUACUAUAAUGUAAAUGUUUGGAAACUGAAUACGACGAAAAAAAUUAUCUAAUAAUUUAAUUUAUUAAUAUAAAUAUACCUUGGAAUUAAUUUUAUCUUGUAAUUUAAAAUUAUUGCAAAAGAAAUCUCUGUUAUUAUUUUUUAUAUGCUUGGAUCGCUUCUAAAUUGAUUAUACCAUAUUGUUAUAAAACAGUCUUUAUGAAAAUAGAUAACUUUGAUACUACAAUUUUUUUUUUAAUUUUUAGAAAAUGUACAAUUUAUCAAAAUUAUUAUCAAAAAUUGCAGAUUUAAUUUAUUAUUUAAUUUAUACCAUCCAUCUACACUUUAUAUUUUAUUUAUUUAUUAAAAUAUUGAUCAUUUAUAAUGUAAAAGCUGCUUGAAUUUUUUUAAUAUGAAUUAUAUAAUAAAUUAUGCC